AUGGCUUACCACACACGCUCUAACAGUUUUCCCUCAAGCCCACACCCCAUCAUUCAAGAAGUUGAGGAACAAUUGUGCAGACUGAGGUCUUCAGAAGCCACAUCCACAUCUUCAUCAACAAUAAGCCACAAGCUAAGUGGUCUUCAAGACUUACAUGAUUGUGCUGAUAGGUUGCUUCAGUUGCCCCUCACCCAACAAGCCUUAGCACAAGAGCAACAUCAGAAGUGGGCUAAUGAGCUAUUAGAUGGCUCUCUCCAUCUCUUGGAUGUAUGCAGCGUUGCCAAGGAUGCCCUAUCACAAACCAAGGAGUGUGUACAAGACCUUCAAUCAAUCAUUCGAAGAAGGCAUGGAGAUGAUUCUGCAGUGCUCACAAGCGAGGCAAGGAAAUACUUGACCUCCAGGAAGACAGUUAAAAAGGUACUCUACAAGGCUUUGGAGAACCUGAGGGCACCAGUAAACAAAUCCACUUUCUCUUCCGUCAACAAGGAAGAAGUCACCAUUGUUAGCAAGCUGAGAGAUGUUGAAGCAGUCACUGUCUCAGUGUUUGAGUCAGUGCUAUCCUUCAUCUCUGGGCCAAAGUCCAAGUCUAGCAGCUGGUCAUUGGUUUCCAAGAAAGUGCAAUCAAAGAAAGUAGCUUGUGAAGAAGAAAUAAAAGUAAAUGAAUUUGAAGAGGUGGAUGCUGCAUUAAAGUCACUCAAGAGUGCACACAACCAGCUUAACAAUCUGGAAUCAUGCAUUCAAGACCAAGAAGAAGGACUUGAAAGCCUAUUUAGGCAAUUAAUCAAAACUAGAGUCUCGUUUCUGAAUAUCCUAAACCAUUAG